CCACCUUCAGUACUAUGUUUGAGUUAUCAUUUUCAGUAUUUUAUUCCUCUGUCCUCUAAACUUUUCCUCAUUUCCACACCUAAUUCCUCACCUAGCGUUUGCUCAAGAUUUCUCAGCCGUCGCCGAAAUUCCGUAUAUGUCGCCGGCGAUCUCCACAUACCCUCCACGCCACCACCUACAGCUCUUCGGAUCGAGCGCCGCCACCGCUUCUGCCGGCAAGUUGAUUCUCUGUCCUUAUCUUUUUAGCUGCUGAAUUUAAGAGUUAUUUAUUGGUGUUUUGAUUCCAUGACGGUGUUACCAAAGUUGAACUCUUUACGAUAAUGGAAAUUAGAGAUCUUGGCAGCUCUGUUGUUAUUGAGCUAAUCAAUUUUUAGUUUUUGGUGGGUAAUUUGGGCAUGUGGGUUGCUCUCGUUUGGACCCGUGGCUGUGUAGAUGUGCUGUUUUUGGAUUUCUGGGGGUGUAGCGAAGUUGAUUAAUUGGCGUUUGGGUUGAUCACUUUUCCAGGAUUUGGGGCUACCGACAAUCUAGAGGUUGUUACAGCACAGUUUUAUCCUUCUUUUUCUUUUUAGGGUUUGUUGUACUUGGGCUUUUGUUGGUUUUUGGAUCUGGGUGUUAAAUUUGAGCUAAUGGAGGCUACACUUGGGGGAAAGGCACAUCAAUUCUAUGGUCCAGUGAUGCCGGAUCUGAAAGCAGUCGGAAAGAGGACUAUGGAAUGGGAUUUGAAUGAUUGGAAUUGGGAUGGGGAUAUGUUUACCGCUGCUCCGCUUAACUCUGUACCAUCGGAUUGUAGGAGUAGGCAGUUAUUCCCAGUUGGAUCUGAAAUCCCAAGCAGUGCUGGUUUGUCAAACAGUUGGUCGUCUUCUUCAGAUGAAAAUAACGGGGGGAAUGAGAAGGGAAAGAGAGAAUUGGAAAAACGAAGGAGGGAUGUAGUAGUUGUUGAGGAUGAAGAAUUGAAUGACGAAGCUGGGUGCCUUAAUUUGAAGCUUGGUGGGCAGUUGUACCCUAUAUCAGAGACCGAUAUGGUCGAUUGGGAUGGGAAGAGUGGAAAGAAGAGCAAAGUUAUUGCCAGUACCACGAACCGUGCUGUAUGCCAAGUGGAUGAUUGUCGAGCUGAUCUGACUGCUGCCAAAGAUUACCACCGGCGGCACAAGGUUUGUGACAUUCAUUCCAAGGCCGGUAGAGCACUGGUGGGAAAUGUUAUGCAGCGGUUCUGUCAGCAGUGUAGCAGGUUUCAUGUUCUUCAAGAGUUUGAUGAAGGAAAGAGAAGUUGUCGUAGGCGUUUGGCGGGCCAUAAUAGACGGCGGAGAAAGACGCAUCCAGAAAAUGUGGUAAAUGCAAGCUCCUUGAAUGAUGAGCGUGGUAGUAGUUAUUUACUUGUCAGUCUGCUGAGGAUACUCUCCAAUUUACAAACUAAUAGCUCAGACCAGACAAAGGAUCAGGAUCUGCUAUCCCAUCUAUUGAGAAACCUUGCCAGCCUUGCUGGUUCAAGUAAUAGAAUAAACAUAGCUGGACUGUUGCCUGGUUCUGAAGAUUUGCAAACUGCUGGGACGUCUCUUGGAACUCCUGAAAAGGUUUCUGAUCUGAUUUCAAACCCUUCUAAAUGCAACAGGUCAAUGCUGGGUUCUGCUUCUAAAGUGGAUGAUUCCAUUGAUAUACAGGAUUCUCUGCAGCCUAAUGAAGAAUGUGUUCCUGCAUCUGCAUUGAAAGGGACACCAAAGAGAGCUUUUGCAGAAACUAUGCAGGGUGGGCUGCUUCAAACUACAUCCACAAUUCCAUGUCCUACAAGAGAGAGCAUUCCAGCCGAAGCAAGUGUCCCUGAGAAUGGAGUGGGACAGAUGAAAUUGAAUGACAUAGACUUGAAUAAUGUUUAUGAUGAUUCUCAUGACUCUGGAGAAAACCUGGAAACUUAUCGGGUUCCUGCAAAUUUGGGGCUUGGGUCUCUUAAUUGUGCUCUAUUGAGACAUCAGGACUUUCAGAAGUCAAGCCCUCCUCGGACAAGCGGGAAUUCAGGUUCCACAUCCACCCUCUCACCAUCUAGUUCCAGUGGGGAGGCUCAGAGUCGAACAGAUCGGAUUGUUUUCAAACUCUUUGGAAAAGAUCCAAGCGAUUUCCCUCUCGUUUUGCGGACACAGAUCCUUGACUGGUUAUCUCAUAGUCCCACUGACAUUGAAAGUUACAUAAGACCUGGCUGUAUCAUAUUAACCAUCUAUCUUCGAUUAGGGAAAUGCACUUGGGAGGAGCUUUGCUGUGAUCUGAGCUCCAGUUUGACUAGGCUUAUUGAUGCAUCUAAUGACUCUUUCUGGAGAACGGGAUGGGUGUAUACGAGGGUGCAGCAUCGUGUAGCAUUUCUAUAUAGUGGUCAGGUUGUAUUGGACACACUGUUACCUCGCGAAAGUCAUAAAAAUUGCAGGAUCUUGAGCAUCAAACCUGUUGCAGUUCCUUUCUCUGAGAGAGCCCAGUUCUUGGUUAAAGGCUUCAACCUGUCCCGGUCUACCACAAGGUUAUUCUGUGCUCUGGAAGGGAAGUAUCUGUUGCAGGGAAGUUGUGAUGACAUGAUGGAGGGAGGUGACAUGUUGGUUGAUCAUGACAAGAUCCAGUGCCUCAGCUUUUCUUGCUCUGUACCAAAUGUUAACGGGAGAGGAUUCAUUGAGGUUGAGGACCAUGGUUUCAGCGGCAGCUUCCUCCCCUUUAUUGUGUCAGAGAAGGAUGUGUGUUCUGAGAUCUGUACGCUUGAGAGUGCAAUAGAGUUGCCCGAGACUGCUGAUGACAUUCACGUGGAAUCUGACAUAACAAACGACAGAAAUACUGCACUGGACUUUAUCCAUGAAAUGGGCUGGCUUCUUCACAGAAGUCAGUUGAAGCUUAGGUUGGAUCACAUGGAUCCCAACAAAGAUCUUUUUACUUUCAAACGGUUCAAGUGGCUCAUGGAGUUCUCCAUUGAGCAUGAUUGGUGUGCUGUAGUGAAGAAACUAUUGGACAUUGUCUUCGAUGGCACAGUGGAUGCAGGAGAUCAUCCUUCCAUUCAACUUGCGUUGAUAGAGAUGGGCCUCCUCCACAAAGCUGUGAGGAGACAUUGUAAGUCUAUGGUGGAAAUCCUUUUGAGAUACAUCCCAGAUGGAGUUAUCAGCAAACCGGCCUCUGCGCACAAGCAGCAUGUUAAAAUGGAAUCUAACUUCUUACUUAGACCAGAUGCCAGUGGCCCUGGGGGUUUGACUCCUCUUCAUAUAGCAGCUAGUUGUGAGGGCUCGGAAAGCGUGUUGGAUGCUUUGACUGAUGAUCCUGGAUCGGUAGGAAUUGAGGCAUGGAAGGGUGCCCGUGACAGUACAGGAUUGACACCCCAGGAUUAUGCAAGCCUGCGAGGCUACUAUUCCUACAUCAGCCUGGUCCAGAGGAAAGCCAAGAAGAAAUCAGGAAAUGAUGGGCAUCUUGUACUUGACAUUCCUUCUGGUGCUCUUUCAGAAUGCAAUAAUACCAAGCAGAAAACGACCUUGGGGCAUAAGUGGUCGAAUUUUGCUCAUUUCCAUACCGAGAAGAAUGAAGUGAAGCCCGUUCCGCGAAAUUGCAGACUGUGUCAACAGAAAUUGGCAUAUGGCGGCGUCAGAUCAUCUGUAGCUCUCUAUAGGCCGGUAAUGCUUUCAAUGAUGACCGUUGCUGCUGUCUGUGUAUGUGUGGCUCUGCUUUUCAAGAGCUCACCUGAGGUUGGUUAUUGUUCCGAGCCCUUCAGAUGGGAGCUUUUGAAGUAUGGAGCAAGCUAAGCUUAGGACUCUGUAGAAGUUUGCUGUAAUUUUUACAUCAUCAUAUCUUUUCCUAUGAGAUAAGAUGCAGGAAGUACUGGUGAUCUAUGUGGGUGGGUCUAGAUUUCUGUAGGGAUGUGUUAUGUACAUCUAAUUACUUGGAUUCAUUUUGUAUAACAAGAAAACCUCAGUUACAUAAAGAGGUUGACAUAUUCUGAAUUGAGUUUUUUUAUUUGAUUAUAAGUGACAUCAUGAGAUGUCCUGACUGAA